AUGGCUUCUCCAAUUCCUCGCGGUCUCCGCCAGGUUCUCCAAAAGUCCCCCAAUGACAUUGUCAUUCUCUCCUCCCUACGAACCCCCGUCACCCGCGCCAAGAAGGGUGGUUUCAAGGACGCCUACCCCGAGGAGCUGCUCGCCAGCGUGCUCCAAGCUACAUUGAAGGCCAACCCCAACCUGGAUCCCGCUCAGAUCGACGAUGUCCUCAUCGGUUCCGUUCUCCAGGAACUUGGAGGCGCCAAAGCUGGUCGCAUGGGCCAAAUCCACGCUGGAUUCCCUCACUCCGUCCCCUUCAACACCAUCAACCGUCAAUGCUCGUCCGGUCUCGCAGCCAUCACCACUGUCGCCAACGGUAUCCGCGCAGGCGCUAUUAACGUCGGUGUCGGUGGUGGUAUGGAGUCCAUGACUCGCAACUACGGCUCCCGUGCCAUCCCCACAGUCCUCUGGCCCGAGCUGAAGGAGUCUUACUCCAAGGACGCGCGUGACUGCAUCAUGCCCAUGGGUAUUACUUCUGAGAAUGUUGCUUCCCGCUACGGUGUCUCUCGUGCCGACCAAGAUGCUUUCGCCGUUGAGUCUCACGCCAAGGCUUCUGCCGCUCAGAAGGCCGGCCGCUUCGACUCUGAGAUCAUCUCUGUCAACACCAAGACCCUCGACCCCGAGAACCCCGAUGCCCCCGCCAAGGAUGUCACCGUCUCCAAGGAUGACGGUAUCCGCCACGGUCUGACCCUCGAGAAGGUCGGAGCUCUCAAGCCCGCUUUCUCCGCUGACGGUGCCAGUACCGCCGGUAACAGCUCCCAGGUCAGCGACGGUGCCGCUGCCGCUCUGCUGAUGCGUCGUUCCACAGCCGAGGAGCUCGGUUUGUCCGGCUCUAUCAAGGCCCGCUGGGUCGCGUCCGCCGUCGCAGGCUGCGCCCCCGACGAGAUGGGCGUUGGUCCUGCUGUCGCUAUCCCCAAGCUUCUGCAGGCUGUUGACGUCAAGGUUCCUGAGGUUGGUGUCUGGGAGAUCAACGAGGCUUUCGCUUCUCAGGCUCUCUACAGCAUCCGCAAGCUUGGUAUCGACCAGGCCAAGGUCAACCCUAACGGUGGUGCUAUCGCUAUUGGUCACCCUCUCGGUGCCACUGGUGCCCGUCAACUGGCUACCUUGCUUCCCGAGAUGGAGCGCACUGGCCAGGAGGUCGGUGUCAUCAGCAUGUGUAUUGGUACCGGUAUGGGUAUGGCUGGUAUGUUUGUUCGGGAGUAA